GUGUCCUCUCGCGUCGCACAGCAGCCGAACAGAGCUUCAUCCAUUCCCGGUUUGCAAAAUUUGCGGAGCGGGGUGCAGCAAAGAAUGGACAACUACAAGGCGCAGGGGUACCAACUACCCUCUACUUCCCGGCCACCAGCGCAAGAAGAUAGUACCAGUCCAACGGGUUCGCCGCUGAGUCCUGGUGCGCGGGCGAACCUUCUUGGGGAGCAGAGCAAUUUGAUGACUGGCUCUCCGUCUACAAUUUCUGUGAGCGGGACGAGCAACAUGAUGGGGCAACAACAAGGCCUCUUGCGCAUCCGAAAGCCGAUGAAGUAUGACGCGAAUGCGAUGCUGCACAUGAAAACGAAGCAGGAGGAGCAGCUGGAGCAGGUCGCUGCGAACUCGUUGAACGCCGUGGGGAACGCUAUUUUUUCCAAGGCUUUGACGCCGACAAAACUGACGUCCAGUCCGAGGAACGUGAAGUUGCAAACGCCAAAGUUGAUGGUGGUGAGUCCGGGCGUGACCGACUUCUCCCAGUUCAAACAGAUGGUCCAACAAGAGCACUACCAUCAGACCUUCCGGACGGUGACGGACGUGGCCGUAAAUGAUCCGGCGGGAGGUGCAGUUCUUUCUGGCAGUGACAAGGAAAAAGAACAAGCUGGGGGAGGUGACGCCACCACAGCCCCCGGUCCGAAAUCCGACGCCAACGCGAGAGGGAAGGGGAAAAUGAAGGGCGGCCCGACCGUGAUUCCGACGCCCGCUGUCACCGCUGCGCAGUACCGCGGAAGAAUGUUUACCGCCUCACCGCUGUCUUUCGACGCGCCGGGUUGGCAGGGCAGCGCAACUCUUUCCCCCGUGCCGAGUGGGCGAAAGUUGUCUCCGGUGCCUAAAGUGCCGGCGUACGACCCGCACCAGUAUCAGAAAGCGGUCGAGAUGCAGUCGGAUGUGAGCCGGAAGACCGCGGAGUUGACUUCCAGAACGGCGAAUGACAUCAAGCCUAAAAUCCGCGUGAGUUGGAAAGAAGCUGCAGGCCGCGCAGGGAAAAGCAAGGACGACAUUCCGGACAUGCAAGCUCAGAUGAAGGAACAGGAGCAAGCGGAAGGGCCUGUGAAAACUACAACUGGCGCGCAACAGUCCAGUCCGUCUGUCUCCCCGAAGGAUCUGCGGACCAGCGGUGUUCUCGAGGGUGUGGAGAUCGCUCCGGUGCCGCCGCUCUCCCGGCUGGACCAACCGCACGUACCGGACAAGAUGCGCGAGAUGCAGGAGAACCUCGGGGCCGUGAUCACGGAUCUGGAAGGCGGAAAGCAACCGCUGCCUGAGGGAGAAGCGAAGGGCGCGUCGGACUUCUGGUCGAACAUCUUUCCAGCUAGCGGUGCUAACGACACAGCUGCGAAUGGAGACACAGCACGGGAUGAGAGUUCUGGGCCUGUGGUUGCAACCGUUGACGUUGGUGAGGAUCCAGCGAACCGGCCCACCCGGUUCGGCACCAUCGUGGAUAGCAACAGCGCGGCGCUGAAAGCCGCGUCGUUGAUCAAGAAGCAGGCCAAGCAAGCGGUGGAGAAGAAGUUGUGGUCGCAGGCCCCGGCAACUGCAUCCUCCCCAACUACGGACCCCUUCGCGGAAAAGAUGCCGGCGCCGCAGUUCGAGGCGGAGGCUUUAACAAUCCCCUGGUUGGUGGACGCGGGGAAACUUCCCACCCGCGUCGGCGACCCGUCCGCUGCCAGCACGGAGUUCCGGCGACUGCUGAACAAAGUGCAGGAACUGACGGUGCUAGCCGCGGAAACGCACCCGCAACUGCGAUCGCUGACGGAACAUUUGGCGCAGCAGGCGCGGGCCUUGAACGAGAAGGAACUGCAGGCGCAGAGGGACGCGCGGAUGGCCAUGCUGGGCGAGCAAAGUAAUGCAUCUCCCGAAGUCGACGAACACGGCGAGUUGACGCCGUCCGGUGCAUUUUCCGCCUGGGCGGAGGCGGAAAAGAAGCGCGCUAGUGCCGACAACGAGUACCUGAAUCUCGGGUCGACCGUCAGUCCCUUGGUUCCCCAAGCGGGUCUGAAGAUCCCGAAGAACCCCUACAGGGUCCCCGGGGUAGCCGGCGCAGACGGCAGCGUCAGCCCGACGUCGUCCACCUCCCCCGCUAUCCGCCGGCAGUCCAAGGCGAAUAAAUCCGCUUCGAAAACGCCGGUGUUGGACGAAUUGAUGCUGGAAAAGAUCCGCGCGGCGCGCGAAUCCGGCGAGCCGACGAACAUUUUUGCCGAGAAGUGGUUGCAGGAGCACGGCCUGCAGGAGAAGCGCUCGCCCAUGCUCCCGCCACGGACGCGUCGAGGCCCGGUGCGGGGACAGCACAAUCUCCUGGUGAUGGGCGGAACUAGUACAACACCAAGUGGACUGACGCCGAGCACGCCAACAGGGACCAGUGGAGCUGCUCUUGGCUCUACUUCGGCCGGUCCUUUCACGACCGGACCUCCGCAUCCGGUUCUGGGGACGACUUACGAGGUUGGAGUCGGUGAUUUCCGCGCCGCGCUGACGAAAUCGUCUCCCACCUCGAAGGAGAGCAUUUUGAAAACCACCUCAAAAAUCGCCGGGACGAGGCUGGGCGCGAAGCAGGAAUCUCCGUCCAGCGGCUUGCAGGAGCCGCUGCUGAAGCUGGACCACAAGAAAGUAACCGACCGCUCCCGCCCGGGUUCCGAACUCUUCAAGCCCCGGCCCCGGAAUUCCGCGCAUGCGAUCGUCGACCCGGCGGACGUUUUGCGCACGGAAAACGAAGUCUUCCCCGUGAUGGCAGCUGCGAAAAAGUUAUCUGCGACCCAAUUAUUGCAGAACUACUCCGGUCUCUUUUCGAAGCGGAGAGACGUCAUGACCGGUGCGCAUCUGGGCGCCUCCCCGAAGCCGCCCUGGAACGCGGGAGAGAAAGCCCGCCUGCAGUCGCCGGAAACGAUGUCAAUCGUCCAGCGCUUCGUGCGGGACUGCAGCGGGUCGCCGAAGCGGAAGGAGCGGCGGCAGGCUGCAGCCGUUCCGAGCAACCUGGACCCGCGGAAGAGAUCGAUGCACGAGGUGGCGGACAUGGUGGGGUUGACGCAGCCGACGGUUGUGGAGAAAACCAACUCCACCGACGGGAAGAAGUUCAAAUUCUCCGCAGGUGUCGGCAACGUCGAAGUGGGGAUCGAACCCGUGCAGCUCCAGGGCCCGGAGGUGAAGCGGUCCAAACAGCUGCAAACCAUGCAGAUCCAGCCGGUCGUCGCGGCGGUGGCCUCGCCGAAGGCGAAAGCGGGGCAGAAGGUCGUGCCCCCCGGGCAGAAAAGGUCGGAUCCGAUGUACGUGGUGGAUUUGAAACUAUCUGGUUUGGAGGGCCUGCAGGAGAACAACAAGUACGAGACGCUGAUCGGCUACCACCCGCACAUCGUCGACCAAGCCGGCCGCGAUUUGAAUAAAACGGAAGAGUACAGAGAGCAAAAGUUCGGGGGGUCUACCGCUGCUCAAACGGGUUCUACUUCCUCCCUCCGUUUCGCUACCCGGGAUGAGUUCGUGAAGCUCCGGCUGCGGAGAAAGCCGAUCACAGAGGACGAUAUCAAGUUCAAAUUCUACGGGGAAUCAGAGAAGGAACAAUUCGAAUUGGAUCAAACACAAUCGCAGGACGGCGAUGAAAUGGAGUACGUUGCGAUCAUCUCCUUAAAGCAUUCCGCACGAACGACGAAGGCGGGGAAGGACUCUGCACCGUUGUGGCUUUCUUUGGUCCCCGCCGCGCAGGUGGAGACGGGUUUGUUCGACCCCGCGACGGCCUUCUACCACGGUUUGAAGAACGGACACCGGAAAACCGGCCCGAGAAUCGGUCUGUCUGUCGCGGUCGAGGCGUUUUGCCCGCCGGGGACGCAGGAGGCGGCCUUGAACCUCGGUGAUGGGCUGGACUUUCUGCGGAUUUCCGAUUUGCCAACGCCGCGCGGGAUUUCGACUCCCCCUCCGGCGUUCGUCGGGGGCCGGCAGGCUGCGGGGGCCAUGCAGCUGGUGAAGUCGGUGAAAGCGGCUUUGGAUGAUUUGUCCGCUGCGGGAAAAGCGAUUCCGACGGCGGAGGAGAAAGUGAAGAAGGAGGAAAUCGCGAAGUUGUUGAAGGAACUGGAGUACAGGGUUGCGACAGUUGGCACGGUCGCACCGGAGACGAGGUCGCGGUCUCCAAGUGUUGGUACAACCAGCAGCCCUAUGCGGGCGGCUGCCGUUCCGUUCCUCAGCGUUGGAUCAUCUCCCUCUGCUCGGCAGUCGGGCGCGUGGCAGAAAAUGAACGUGGUGUCGCCGCGCCUGUCGGCGUCCGGCGUAGAUGCGGGGAGGAAGGCGAAGAAACCGUUUGGGAAAUCAGGCGGCGGUGUGUCUUCUGCAGCCGCAGCGCAGGAGAUCCGCACGACGAGUCGGCCGGGGGACCCGCUGCAAGUCGGGCCUUUGCGAGGUUUGGACGAAUUGCAGCAGGAAUUCCGCGAGUUGCAGGAGGAGGAGCGCAAGAAGCGCGAAGCCAAGAGCGUGGUGCCGUUCCAGGUCAUUACUCCGAGGACGCCGCGGGCGCCGUCGACAAAUGUUCUCGCGGGUGCGCAGAUCCCCAAGAAUCUGGCCGACAAGCAGUUUUCGCAAAGCCGGAAAGUGUUGAAGCGCGCGGGCUCCACACCGCCGAAGAUGGCGAAGAGCAACGGGCAGCCGCUGGCCCAGAUUUCUUUACCUGUGAGCAGUGGUAGUGUCUCUCCGGCGAAAAAGGUCCCGAUCGUGAGUCCUUCACUCGGGGACUUCCUCGGCGUGUCGCAGCUCGUCGGGGGGUUCAGCCAGGGCGUUGGAAAGACGCAGUUGCGGGAUGUUUUGGGACAAUACGAUCCGGAUGUGACGCCGGGAGAACUGUUCACGCAGAUCACGGGCGGAAUGCCCGCGACCGCGUUGAAGUUGCCACAAGGUGGUAGUACAACUGCGCAAUCAGGCGCUGGAAAGGCCGAUACCAGUGCCGUCGCUCCUCCGAAGAAACAGCUUCAGACCACUCUGUCCGCUGCCGCCGCCCGCUCCUCCAGACAACAGUUAUUGGCCGCGAGCGAACGAUCGAGCAAGACCACGGAGAAUAACGACAACAUUUCUGUGCCGGAGGAAGGUAUGGGGCAGAGAUUCUCCACCUUUUUCGAACUUGGCAUCGAUUUGCAGACGGAUAGUGCAGCGACCGCUUCGAAAGGGAAGGCUGAGGGGAGGAAGUCGAAAAAAGAGACUUCUAGGGCUAGUGCGAACAUCAAGUCGCCCCGCAGCAGCUCGUCGAAGAGUAGUCCGAGGGUUCAACAGCAGGAUAGAAACUCCUCCCGGGACGAAAGAAACAACACCGGAGGGUCGUCAUCCUCCAGAAACGCGAGCAGUCGGAACUACAAUAAGCCGGAUUCGUCCCCUCUGUCCGGAGAAUCCUCGUCCCAGCAAUCUGGCUCCGAGUCCUCUUCGAGCUCUAGUAUUGAUAACACCAGCAGCUAUUUAGACAGUGACAAGAAGCACCCGCAGCACCCGGAGGUCCAGGGCGCGGUCGCGAAACGCUUCGGGAAACAGCACCACAGUCACCACCAUCUUCGCAAGUCCAUGCAGACGGAACACAAACACCACCACAUGGAAUCAUUACACGCAUUGUACCAUUUCAUGCAGCCAGAGGAACAGAAGGAAUUCGACCGGAUCAUGCAGGUGAAAGUGUUACAGAGCAAGCGGGCCAGUAAGGACACGGCCUUGAGCGAAUCGAAUUACAACAAUGGCGGGUACUACAAUCCGAAUUCGCGUGUUAACGACAAUACAGACUAUCCUGGAACUACGGGUGGAGCUGUAAAUGGAACACAACCAGGAGCGCAAAACCUGAACAGCAAUUCCAAAGCCUCGACCGCUGGCGCCGCUUCUGCCAUCAGUGGGUCAACAGUCCCGGUUAGUAAGAAGCGGCAGAGUCAGAUGUUGCUGCAGAAGAUGGUGAAAGGGGUCACAGGAAACCGCUUUUCGCGUUCUACGAACACGGGAAAGAAUGCGCUGAAAAGCGGCGUUAGUUCCAUGGUGGACCCGCAGGAAAACAGGAAAAGAUCCACCGCUCGGGUUGUCGACAACUCCAGCGCCACUGGGUCGGAACAAGAGCAGCAGCUCGCCGCGGUGAGUUCCCCGACGGAUGUCAGCAGCGUGACGCCCCGAGCGGGGCCACCCGCGCCGGUGCCGAACAAAACGAGUGGGGCGUCGUUGAUGUCGAAAAAAAGCGUGGAUUUUGCAGAUGAAACCGAGGAACAAGAAGUGCCGAACAUCUUCGCGCAUCUGGUCGGGGGCGGGCCGUAUGGUGGGAACUACACGAACGGAGAUGCUACAACUUCGAACACGUUGACAACAUCUCUUCCGGUAAAUGGAGAUGAGGAGACACAGGCGGAUGGAGAGGAAGACGUAGUGAAAGGAGACGGGGAUCGAGUUUUCAAAGCCGCGCGAACGUCCCAUCGGUUGCAGCGAUUGUUUUCGCGAACGGACAACGGCUUGCUGGACGGGGACAAUUUACUUGCCAUGUCCGCACCAGCGCCGAGGAGAAGUACGAUUAACAAGAUGUGAUGUAGUGUUGAAAAUUCAAAAUGGAAGUUGAUGAGAUGUGGAUUCGAAUUUCUUCUAUCUAGUGUUUUUAUUCAGGAUUCAAUUUUUACAAAUUUGUUUGAUCAGGUUCAGGUUGUUUUUUCUAUUCCGGUGGUUGAGGUACCUAGGCGUACUACGUACUAGGGCUAGGCAUCAAACUCAUUCUCAGAGGCAUGAGUGACCAACGUAAGGCUUGUAUGUACACGGUUUGUAGAAUAGCGCGCUUGAUUUUGAUUAUGAUUUGCACUUACUUUUACAUGCAGUUUUUUUUCGUUCUCAAAAGUUGAAGAUCUCGAAUAUUGUGUUUGUGAUGGUCAUGUUUUUGUCCACAAUUUAAGUAUUUCCUCACUAGAUGUAAUCAAAUCUUUGGGGUUAACAUUUUCUUUGUUGUAUUCUUUCAGAAUGGAGCAGGAAAAAGAUAUGAUCAUCAUUAUUUUAUAGCGAAACAGAUUGUCUGUGUCUCAUUCUGUGUGAAUCCAUAAU